UUAUGGUCAAAGUUAAUCAAAUUAAUUCUAAAAUUAAUAAAAUCUAUAAAACGCAUCAAAACGACAAGAUUUUGAAGCCCGUAGUUUGGCCCAAAUAGCAAUACUAAAUACAUCUUUCCUCCGUUUAUCGUAAUUACUGAGUGUGAUGAUAAGCAGUCAAGCAAGUUUCGUGGAGCAAUAGUUCACGUGCAUUCGCGCCAAGCAAAGGUUGUGUAUGCGUCUUGGCGUUACGACUUACGUAAAUGUGAAUUUUGACUUGUAGUUACUUCGUUAACUUUCACUUAUACGGUCGUGUACAUUGCCGAUAAAAUAUGUCGGCCAAUAAAAUUAAUCCAGAUUUACAAAGAGAGCGUGAUAAUUGCACUUUCAAUGUAACGGAAUUAACAAAUUUAUUAGAUGGUGGUCCUCAGAAAACCGAAGAAAGAAAACAGCGAGAGGAUGUGGUACUCAAAGAAGGUAUCCAUACUGAACCAGUGCCAGCUAUUUAUCUCAGCCAUAAAGAUAAAUAUGAACUAGCUGUUAAAAAAUCAUGUGCUCUAUUCCAAAUGAUCAGAAGACUGCAGGAGGAAGAAAAUGCUGGAAUGGAAAAUUAUCAGGCUCUUUUGGGUGGUACAUUAGGAACUGCGAUUUUCGGCGACGGCAACCCUUUGGCCCUGCACUAUGUGAUGUUCAUACCCACCAUCAUGGGACAAGGGACGGUGGAGCAGCAAGCCUACUGGAUCGGCAGGGCUUUUAAUUUGAGCAUCAUUGGUACCUAUGCACAGACUGAAUUGGGCCACGGCACGUUUAUCCGCGGGCUGGAGACGACGGCGACGUACGACCCGCGCACCAAGGAGUUCGUGCUCCACUCGCCCACACUCACCGCCUACAAGUGGUGGCCGGGGGGAUUGGCUCACACAGCGAAUUACUGCGUUGUAAUGGCCCAGCUAUACACCCAGGGCAAAUGCCACGGCAUACACCCGUUCAUUGUCCAACUGCGUGACGAAGAGACACACAUGCCGCUCCCUGGCAUUAAGGUGGGCGAGAUCGGUGCCAAGCUUGGCAUGAAUGGAACGAAUAAUGGCUUCCUGGGACUCGAAAACGUCAGGAUACCUAGGGAUCACAUGCUGAUGAAGAACUCCCAAGUUCUAGAGGAUGGCACAUACGUUAAAGCACCAAGCUCCAAACUCGCGUACGGUACGAUGAUGUUCGUCCGUGUGAUGCUCGUCAAUGACAUGUGUAAUUAUAUGGCAAAGGCGGUUACCAUAGCAACCAGAUAUUCCGCGAUCAGGAGGCAGUCGCAGCCGAAGCCUGACGAGCCGGAACCACAGAUCCUGGACUACGUGACGCAACAGCACAAGCUGUUGGUGGGGAUAGCGGCGGUGCACGCGUUCAAGCUGAAUGCCGACUGGAUAUGGAACAUGUACAACAACGUGACCGCCGAACUCGAGUCGGGCGAUUUGGAGAGAUUGCCCGAGCUACACGCGCUGUCAUGCUGCUUGAAGGCGGUGGUCACCGCAGAUGCCGCGGAGUGCGUGGAGCGCUGCCGGCUCGCGUGCGGCGGCCACGGGUACAUGCUCUCCUCCAACCUGCCGCUCACCUACGGGCUGGUGACUGCGGCCUGCACGUACGAGGGGGAGAACACCGUGCUGCUGCUGCAGACGGCUAGGUACCUGGUGAAGGCGUGGCAGCAGGCGGCGGCCGGCGGCGGCGCGCCGCCCACGCUGCAGCACGUGGCGCCCGCGCCGCGCCGCAACCCGCCCUGGGAGAACUCCGUCCGGGGCAUUGUGGACGGCUUCCACACCGUCGCCGCUGGAAAAAUUGGCCUGUGCGUCGCUCAAAUAGAGAAGCGACAGAAGUCGGGAAUGUCGUACGAAGACGCGUGGAACAUGACAUCUAUCCAGUUAGCUUCGGCCUCUGAAGCACAUUGCCGCGCAAUAAUCCUGGCGACGUACCUUAAAGAAACGGAGCAACUGGUCAAGGGCGUGUCGGCGGAGCUGCGGCUGGUGCUGCUGCAGCUCGUGGACCUGUACGUGCUGUACUGGGCGCUGCAGCGGAUUGGCGACUUGUUAAGGUUCACGUCGAUAUCGGAGCGCGACAUCGAGCAGCUGCAGAGCUGGUACGAGCUCACGCUCAGCAAGCUGCGCCGCAACGCCGUCGGGCUCGUCGACGCCUUCGACAUUAGGGACGAGAUUUUAAAUUCAACACUUGGUGCGUACGACGGUAACGCCUACGAGCGACUCAUGGCUGAAGCAAUGAAGAGCCCUCUCAACGCCGCUCCAGUUAACGAUAGCUUCCACAAGUAUCUGAAACCUUUUAUGCAAGGAAAAUUGUAAUUUAGCAAUGCUAUUUGUAAACAUUUUAUGUAUCAGACUGUGUAAAGAAAAAUGUAAGAUGAAUUUCAUAAAAUUGGUGAAUUUAUUUUAAUAGAUUUAAAAGCGGUUUAUUCGUUAUAUUAUUUCUAUAAUAGCGCGAUGUUGCAGGCAUAAUGCGAGCGUGGUCUCAAAGAGAUUCGUUUUCAAUUAUCUCAUCUAAUAUUGUAAUAAUAUUACGUAAAUAAAACGAAAUAAACAAUACCAAAAGGUGAUAAACGAAUUGUAAGUUGGAUUUAACUUAAAAGAAAAA